AUGGCUUUACAAAGUACCUCGGAAAAACCAGGGGACGAGAAACAACUAACACCUGUGGAUUUGGGUGCGCUCUAUGCUGACAGUGACAUAAUAUUUGGAUUUACGCGUCAUCUUUUGAAGAGAAAACAAAAGGUUGUUGAAGGUUAUUCGAGCAGAGAAUCCUCUCUUUCUUCGGAACUCAAUCCCAGGAAGAGGCUUCAUUCGGCGGAGGAAGUUCAGUGCGAGAGCCGGCCAGCGCCGGAGGGCGCCGGCUCGGUGUCCGUAACAGAGUUAGUUCAUUUUGAGAAAAAGGACGGGGGCGGGAGCCUGUGUCAACGAUGUCAAAUCAUUGCCAGCGAACUGAACAGGCAGGCGCUCGCGCUGGCCGAACCCGGAUCGCUAAAGGAUCCCACCUUUGCUGCUUUCCUCCUCGACAAGCUCCAGGCACUAGAAUGGCCACCAAGGGGGCACCAUACGGAGAGUUGCUGUGAAGUGUGUGGCACUCCUCUCCACCACCUUAGGCGCCUUGCUCUGCAUUCUGCCCUGGGGCAGGCUGCCAACAUGCCCGAUCUUCAACCCGCGUGGCCCUUCUCCAGCCUGUUACCUCCCCAUCUGGCCGACCAUGACGUGGCCUCUAUCCCCUCUGUGGAUCACGCAACAACAUGGGACUGGGGCUCGCGGAGCCCUGCGGGUAGCCAGCCCUCUCGACCCCUCUGCAGUCAGCCAUCUGCAGACUGGGGUGAGGCUACCAAGACAGGUGCCAAGUUGACUGGCCUGGCCACCGUCACACCUCUCCCCGUCCAUGCACAGCAUUACCUAGAGGGAGUAUGGAGUGUGGCUCGCGUCAGCAGACCCCCUCAUCAUCAAGAAUCUUGGCGACCUCACAUGUCUGAUAAGGACACUGUGGCUUGUGAAGCUCCCCCUUCUAACCAGUCCAGCAGCAUUCUCCCCGUCUCCCCAGCAGGAGCCCUCCAAACAGGGCGGGCCCUGCCUGCUCGUUCAUCCACCCCCCAGGGAAGCUCAGCAGCUUCCUUCUUCCUCAGGGCUGCUCAGAAGCUUAACCUCUCCAAACGGAAGAAACCACAGCCUCCUCCACCCCCGUCUCCACCUGACCCUGACGAGCCCCUCUUCUACACCGACGGCUUCAGUGCCGCCCUACAGCUGUCCCCGCCUGCUGUUCCACCAUGUCUUCUCAGGGCAGGCUCAAAGGUCAAGGACAACCCUGGGAUGGGAAAGGUUAAAGUAAUGGUGCGGAUAUGCCCUGCCCAGGGCUCCAGGGAAACCUCGGAGUCCAUGUCCUUCCUGAAGGUGGAUGCCCACAAGAAACAGCUGACUAUCUGUGAGCCACCUGCCUGUGCCCAUCUGAGUGGCGGGCAGAGGCGUUCAGCGACAGUGGCUGCGCCAAAGAUGUUCGCCUUUGACGCUGUCUUUACCCAGGAUGCCUCACAAGCAGAAGUCUGCUCAGGGACGGUGGCAGAAGUCAUCCAGUCUGUUGUGAAUGGUGCUGAUGGCUGUAUCUUCUGCUUUGGCCACGCCAACCUUGGCAAAACAUACACCAUGAUUGGCAGUGACAACUCCUCUCAGAACCUGGGCGUGGCUCCCUGUGCCAUCUCGUGGCUCUUCAAGCUCAUUGAUGAGCGUAAGGAGAAAACAGGUUCUCGUUUCUCAGUCCGUGUGUCUGCUGUGGAGAUUUGUGGCCGAGAUGAGGCUUUGAGGGACCUGCUGGCUCACAUGUCCUCAGGCACCUCGCAGGACAGUGAGUCUCCUGGAGUGUUUCUGCGUGAGGACCCCAUAUCUGGAUCCCAGCUCCAGAACCAGACUGAAUUGCGUGCAUCCUGUGCAGAGCGAGCAGCUUUCUACUUGGAUGCGGCACUGGCAGCUCGUAGUACCUGUCGUGCAGACUGUGGAGAAGAGGAGAGACGCAAUUCUCAUGUGCUCUUUACUCUGCAUGUCUACCAGUACCGCAUGGAGAAAACCAGCAAAGGAGGAAUGUCUGGAGGUCGCAGCCGCCUACACCUCCUGGACCUGGGCAGUUGUGAGACUGAUCUCAGGAAGACACGAGAUGGAGGGGGAGGCCAGUGUUUGUCCUUGGGUGCCCUGGGCAACGUCAUCCUGGCUUUGGCGAACGGAGCCAAGCAUGUGCCCUACAGGGACAGCAAGCUAACCAUGCUGCUGAGGGAAUCGCUGGGCAACAUCAACUGCAGAACCACCAUGAUAGCCCACAUCUCCGACUCACCAGCCAAUUACGCUGAGUCUCUCACAACUGUGCAGCUCGCCUCCCGUAUUCACCGCAUGAGGAAGAAAAAAUCCAAGUAUGCAUCCAGUUCUUCUGGAGGAGAGAGCUCCUGUGAGGAGGGGAGAAUUCGCAGGCCGGCUCACUUAAGACCCUUUCACCCUAGGACUGUUGCUCUGGACCCAGACCAUCCUCUACUGCUGUCUAGUGACCCAGACUACUCCUCCAGUAGUGAACACUCCUGUGACACAGUGAUCUACGUAGGGCCCGGAGGAGCCCCCAUCUCUGACCGAGAGCUUAGUGACAAUGAGGGCCCACCAGCUUUCGUUCCCAUUAUCCCCUCGCUGAACAAAAAGCGUGUUAAGGAAGGUCCAGUGUCAGAUGGAGACCAUUUUAAGUGCAACACAUUUGCAGAAUUACAAGAGCGUCUCGAAUGCAUUGACGGAAGUGAGGGCACUUCAGAUUUUGCAGGGGAAUGCAAGGGGUCUCAGACAGCCCCAAAGACUUCUAGUGGGGUUGCAAAAGCUGCAGAGGGGACCACCUCUGCAAAGUCAGCUAAAUCUUCUCUCCAAAGGACUUCACAUAUGGAGCCUUCUAAAUUGUCCCCAGAGGGAGGAGCCUUGGAUUCUAGUAGGACUGCAUUGCAUGACUCUGAGCCUGUAGUCCGAGAGAAGGUGUAUCCUGGCAAAGGGUCUUUACCAAAGCCCAGUGCAUCCUCUUUCUUGCAGAGGACAGCUAAGUCCCCCAGUCCUGUCAUAGUUGGUGACUCUGCAACCAGAACACCUCCUGUUGGAAUGAGUCAGCAAACUCGACGACAGGGGCAACAGGGCAACUCUCCCAUUCUCGACAGGGCCGGUCACAUGAGCAGAAGUUCCAUGGAGGUGAGCCAUCUCCGUGCAGCCCUUAGAGGCAGGUGUCUGAAUAGAGAUGUUUUAAGGACUACAGUCACCCUGCAACAACCUGUUGAGCUGAAUGGAGAGGAUGAGCUGGUAUUCACCAUAGUAGAGGAGCUUCCUGCUGGUCUUGUGCCAGACAAUGGGCGACCCUCCAGCAUCAUCAGCUUAAAUAGUGAUUACUCUUUGCAGGCUCUGGCCUCUGGCUCCCGUCCAGUUAGUAUUAUCAGCAGUAUCAAUGAUGAAUAUGAUGCUUAUACAUCUAAAAUGUGUGGGUCCCAGCUGAGCUCUACACUCAUCACAAAAUCACAAGAAGACCUGUCAGCAGGCCAAAGCAAUGAACAGUCCUCCCUUGGCUCCUGGCCCAGCAAGUCAAAUGUGGUCACACCGGAAAGUGAUAGUGCUCAUUCUGCCAGAGGCCUUUCUCCGAAGGUCACUGUUAUAGAACCUGAAAAUACCUCGCUCUUGGAUUCACCUGGUAUUGCACGCAUGGCAUCCUUCUCACAGCAAGGUGCCAAGAGCUCCCUUACCGAUAUAUGUUUUUCAGAUUUGGACAAUGACACUACAACCUCAAGCAAACUUAAGUGCCCACCAUCGCCUGAGACUACCAAAGCAUCUCUUCGAGGCUCAAAAGCAACAAGAGUCAAUGUACAUCACUCAUCACAAUCUGCACAGAUUUCUCAUGUUGCUCACUCCACUCUUCCCAGGAAAACCAAGCCUACCUCAUCAGUUACAUCAAGUAGUAGCUGCAGUCGGGAACUACAGAAACAAGAAGGUAGGGCGGAUGGACAAUGGAUACGCACAGAUAGUCAGUUAGACUCAAGAGUGGCUGAGACAAUCUCUAUGAGUAAGCCACAAAGAAAUGGUUCUAGUGGCACUCCUUCUAGAAAACCAGAUGGAAAUAGUAAUAGUGUCCCUAGACCUCCAAAAAUGCAGGUAUCCUCUUCAUCUCAAAGGGUGGUCGAUGGCUGUGAGAAGUCCAGUGUUAAAAAAAGCGAGGGCCUUAGCAGAAUGCCCCUUCUAAGAAGAGGAGCCACCACACUUGGUAUGGUCUCUGUGCCCCAGAGCUCAUCAGAGUCCAAAUGGGGUCAUGAUUUGACACAAACAAGUGGCAGUCUGAGGUUCUCUUCUUUAGGAAAGAGAACAAAUGGCCAAAAGAGCAGCAUGCUCCCCAAAUCUGGAAGCAUCUCUCCUCCUGCCCCUCCCCUCCGCAAGUCCAGCCUGGAUCAGAGGACACGGACGGUGUUGUCACCCAGUGCCUUAAAGUCAGGCAGUGAUGCAACCAAAUCUUUGUUACCCAAAAUCUCAGUCUCUGAAGAGGACUUUGAUGUUCGGUUCAAAGGAGAAUCUGUUGGACUCAAGACACACAGUCUGAAGACAUCAUCCAGCCUCAGGGCACGAGGAGCCAAGGGUGAUACAGGAAGGUACUUUGGCAGUCUCAUAUCCCUGGAAAGAUGUGACAGCCUCACCUCUGUUGGAUCUAGACCUGGAACCUCCAGAGAGAACAGUGGAAGCACCUUUAGCAGCACUGGCAAGUUUAACAGGACAGUGCCAAGGCUGGGGGUACCCAGCUCUAUUUCUGCACCUACUGGUACAUCUCCUCUGUCAACUUCCACCACUGGAGCUAGCAGACUUGGGCAGAUCAAAGCUGGUAUCAGUCCCAGGGCAAGUGUUUCUAAUGGCAGCAAAGCGAAGACUGUGUCUACUAAUGGCUCAAAGCUUAGUUCCACUAAAACUCUCACCGCCUCAGCUGCACGCAAUGCUGGCCUGCCCCCAACUGGAAAGACUCAAGCUCGUUCUAUAACAGGCUCUAAUGGCAAGCCUGGAAGAGGUACUAUCAUGGGCACAAAGCAAGCUGUCCGUGCGGCUAACAGCCGAGUGAGUGAAUUGGCAUCUAGCAGCCCCAAAAAACACCUCAGGGGAUCUGGUGACCAGGUGGAAAGUGCUAGUGAUAGUGGCUUAACCCCCAGCGAAGCUCCCACCCCUGCUUUGAUACCCUCACCUUACAGUAAGAUUACAGCGCCUCGGAGGCCACAACGCUACAGCAGUGGCCAUGGUAGUGACAACAGCAGUAUUCUCAGUGGAGAGCUGCCACCUGCAAUGGGCCGCACUGCACUCUUCUACCACAGUGGUGGCAGCAGCGGCUAUGAGAGUAUGAUCCGCGAUAGUGAAACAACAGGCAGUGCCUCAUCAACCCAUGACUCCAUGAGUGAGAGCGGAGUGUCCACAUCCAGCCGAGCAAAGGCCUCAAAGUCUCCUAAGAAGAGAUCCAAUGGCCUGCAGCGGAGACGUCUGAUCCCGACGCCCUUGCCCGACACAUCCUCACUGAGCAGAAAGGCUGGUGCCACAGGCCAAUGGGUGGACUUGCCUCCACUGGGCAGUACCUUGAAGGAGCCUUUUGAGAUCAAGGUGUACGAGAUAGAUGACAUGGAGCGACUGCAGAAGCGCAAGGAGAGUGCUGGCCCAGAGGGUCUACAGUACUUUAACGCCCGUCUCAGGAUGCUGGAGAAAAGGCAGCAGCGAAUCAGGGAGCUGAGGGCUAAGCAUGAGAGGUUGAAGAGGGAACUGGAAGAUGCCAAGACUCGUCUGAUGUUGGACCCCAGCAAGUGGAUGGGUGAAUUUGAGGUGGAUCCAGAUCUGGACAAGGAGUCACAGGACUACCUUGAGGCUCUGGCCCAAGCCACUGGUGAGCUGGAAUUCUGCGUCAACCUAUGCAAGUCUCGUGUGAUGAUGGAGACAUGCUUUGACAUAAUAGUGCCCACCAGAGAGGCACAGGGAGGACAACAGGAAGUAGAGGUGUGA